CUCUCUUUCUAACUGUGGUCUUUCUGGUCUUUUUCAUUUUCUGUUGCAUGCAUAUUGUGCCUUCGUUAUUCUUAGAUCUCGCUUUCGAUUGCAUUUACAUUUGUUUCUUAAUGGACUAAUAUUGUCCUUAUUUCCACACACACAGAAUGGUGUUCCCAUCAAAUCUCAAAUUAUUUCGUUUUUUUGUUUUUUUCCUCCUCUAUAAAAAAAAAAAACACACAGUUUUGGUAACUUUCUUGGUUGUAGUUAAUCGAGAGGUUAGUCGAUUUCAUAGAGCAUUUUCUUACAAUUAAUCAAUUGCGAAGACAUAUUUAGUUAAUUGUAAAUAACAGUGGGCUCUUUCAAGCUUGCAUAUCAUUUUUUUGUAUACCCGGCAUGGCAUGUUUUUAAUGGGUUGGGUCGGUUUGGUUCUGGGUCGGCCUGGACCCAACUUAGGUCCAAGGUUUGGAUGAUUGCAUAGCAUAUAACCGAUACAUACUAAUAGUUCUACACAAGGCUUUAACAACCGGUUUGGUGACCCAGAUUGCCUAUCUGGAUUUAUGAUCUGGUUCGACAGUGACCCGAUGUACUGUCGAACUUUCUCCUACUGUAGUUUCCAUUGGAUAAGGCGUGCUAUAGUAGAAGAAUUAGCUGGACUCGGAGCAUCAGUUUAUACAUGCGCUCGCAAUGAAGGCGAACUUAACCAAUGCUUGCAUGAGUGGAAGAGGAUGGGAUUAAAUGUUCACGGUUUAGUUUGUGAUCUAUCAUCGAAACCUAAUCGGGAGAAAUUGAUUGAAUCUGUUUCUGCACAUUUUAAGGGGAAGCUAAAUAUCCUUGUGAACAAUGUUGGGACAUGCAUAACAAAACCCACAGUCGAGUACACAGCUGAGGAACUCUCCUUUGUAAUGGAAACCAACUUUGGAUCUGCUUUCCAUAUGUGUCAACUCUCGCAUCCUCUUCUAAAAUCAACAGGAGUAGGAAGCAUUGUAUUCGUAUCCUCUGUUGCUGGGGUGGUUGCUGUAGAUGUGGGCACUCCAUAUGCAGCAACCAAAGGAAACCUUGACCUGGGCACAAUACCCGGCUUUGGGCUGGGGCGAGUGUUCUGGGUAACUUGCCUGAGUCACACAGGCGCAAUAAAUCAAAUUACUAAGAACCUAGCUUGUGAGUGGGCGAAGGACCAUAUCCGGACCAACAGCGUAUCGCCUUGGUUUAUAACGACGCCACUUGUGAAAGAUUUUCUAGCAAAUGAGGAAAUGUUACAGUCGAUCAUUGCUCGAACUCCGAUGAGGCGGAUAGGGGAGCCCGAAGAAGUUGCAGGUCUAGUUGCAUUCCUUUGCAUGCCAGCUGCAUCAUAUAUCACAGGCCAAGUCAUUUGUGUUGAUGGUGGAACCACUGUAAAUGGCUGGUAUCCAUGACAUAGAAAAUUUGUUCUUCUACUUUUAUUACUACUACUCUUUGUCUAUCUCUCUCUUUCUGUAAAUUAAUUUAAGUGCCAUGGGAUAACUGGAAAUAGAAGUUGCAGCUCUUGUAAGAUUCUAUUAAGUAAAUUAUGGUCCAAGCCAUAAAACUUUGGGCAAGUUUUUUAUUU